UCAAGUUGCGCACAUGGAUCGGGUCGAAGUGACCACGCCACGCCGAGCAGACCGAGGCAGGGUGCCCGCGCCGGAGGAGCGGCUUGUGUAACAGCUGCAUCGAACCAGUGGCACCGACGGCAACACCUGCACCCUUGUUGGAAACAUGUCCAGUGCGCAGAAGAGACUGCGCACGCAGCGGCCUCUCGGCGCCAGAGGAGCUGCGAACUAGUUGCGCCUGUGAACAACAAGGGUGCGCGUGCUGCUGUACAUGUUUUUCGCCGACGCCGCAGCUACUUUUCCGGAGGAGUGAGAGGCGUGUGCCCGGCCAUGACAAUGGGAUUUUUUUUGCACGCUGUCGGCCCCAUCAUCCCCACCGAGCCCGCAGCAGACAAGGACACAAUAAUAAAUAAGGGGUCGGCGAUGUCUGUACGUGCAUCAGCUACAACCAGGAGCCUGCUGCACUGUGAAGGUGUGAACAACCAGAGUUACAUUUGUGACUCCGGACACUGCUGCGGGAAUUCUCAGUGCUGCAGCUACUACUACGAGCUCUGGUGGUUUUGGUUGGUCUGGGCCAUCAUCUUCCUGUUGAGCUGCUGCUGCGUAUGUCACCAUCGCCGCACCAAGCACCGGCUGCAGCAGCAGCAACGGCAGCACGAGAUCAACCUCAUCGCUUACCGCGAAGCACACAACUACCCCGCGGUGCCCUUCUACUUCAGGUUUCUACCCAACUACCUCCUGCCCGACUACGAAGAGGUGGUCAACCGGCCGCAGACUCCUCCCCCGCCCUACAGUGCCUUACACACCGGCCCGUCCUCGGUGGCUUCCAGCCCGCUGGCUCAUGAGCAGCCGGAGGGCCACUGCCCGGCCACCCAGGCCGCCCCAGUGGCCCCGGUCUCCGACCCUCUGUGUUGCAGACCCGGCGUAGAGGAACCACAAACCCCCACCUUGGACUUACGGCCGAAGCCUGACAACAAGCCCAUGCAGACGGCACGGGAGCCGGGUGUGAUACUACCGUCGGAUGGGCUCAACAAUAGGGAGGGGCUUAGCAGCCAGGAGAAAAGAAGUGAAAGUGGGGACGACUCCUGCAAGGACCCACUGCUGAAGGAACCGCCAGAGGGUUCUGUUGAGGACAAAGACCGCCUCCCCAACGGCCGGAGGAGGCGAUUCACAGGAGACUCUGGGAUUGAGGUGUGCGUGUGCAGCACACGUGGCAGCAGCAGUUUCAGUGGCGCUGGAGGGGCGGGCCAGGAAGGCAAGGAGUUGAGGGAGCGAGAGAGCCUGUUGGGGCGCGAGGGAAACGACGAAGAGGAGGAGGAGGAGGCGGGCGACUUCUGCGACAGCUGCGGCCAUCGAGCCUCCUUCGGCGUAGAGGAGCAAGUGCUGGGCAGCGGGCCGGACAGGCGGGUCGCACGGGGCUCGUCGGUACCGCCGCCGCCGCCUCAGACGAGCGGCGCCUCGCUCCACCCUCCAGUGUGCCUCCUCCUCCUCCACACCAUCAACGAGCAAGAGGGGCCGCAGCACCACAGCACCACCACCGAGCUGCAGGGCUGAGCCGCGGUCAGGGGGAAGGAGGGAACACCGGAGACGACGGAGCGCGGAGGCGCCGUGCUCUGGUAUCCGAGGAAGUGUUUUUGAUGUCUGAAUACUUCUCGAGUGAGUAUUUCAUCAAUGUGCUCAUCUUGUGGGAGCAGGAAGUGGAAUCUCAACUAAAUAGGGCUGAGAGCCAGAGUUUUGAGAACGCCGCCUCCUCCUCCUCCUCCUCCUCCUCCUCCUCCUCCACACACUGGAACAGUGGCCUUAACCUGUGUAUUUUGGGGGUUCUGUUUUGGGCAGGCCAGGCCCUUUAACAGCACACACACACACACACACACUACUGACACACAGUCAAUGACGUGGUAGCUGAAGCGGGCUUCCACAGGACAGGACGUUCCCUGCUCUCCUCGCCAGCUGCUUGCGACAAUUCUGGAACGCCGUUCUCUACGAGCACAGAACUAUGUAGUGGGAGAGAAAAGAAAAGAAACCCGGCAGAAACAUUUUGGAUGAGUGCAAUGUGAAUCCACCGUAGCGUGUGCCGAUGCACAUCGACACGAGAACAAGACCGCGUGGGACGACCCGGUGGAUUCACAACUCUUAAAGUGCUUUUUCAGCGAUGUUAAAAAAAAACACUCUGCCUUGUAUCUGUUUGUCGCUCUCUCUCGGCCCCGCUCGCGAUAGAGAAGGAUAAGCGCAUUCAGAAAUCUUAUUGUUAGCAUUUCCUAUUUUGCACAAAGUGUAUUUAUCUUUAUAAAUUAAGCUUUCAGUCUAUAAAAUAAGAAAAAAUACAACUGAAAAUGCGUUCAUCAAUUCAGUCUUAAAUUGCCGUACAUGACUAGAUCUGUAACACUUGGACCUCUGUGGAGUGUCUGGGGAACAGAUUCACUAAAUAAAAGUUCAUAGUGCUGAACUCGACGAACGACGAUACGUUUGAGUGAAACUUGAGAGAACGUAAGAAAAUAAGUACCAAAGACGGGGGAAAGAAUAAAAGGCUUCUUCGAGAUUAACGUCAGACCUCAAACUUUGUGUAGAGAAGCAGCUUCACCAGCGAUACAGUAAGAAACAUCACACACAUGCUCAUAGCACAUCAUUUCACAUGCUUUGGUCCUUAAUUCAUUAAACUAUGAGGUAUGAAUAAUCCAUGAAGGCUUAUUUCAGUCCACUGGACGAGUGACGUUCUCCAUAUGAAUUGUUCUUUUUUUUUUUUUUUUUAAGAAUGUUCGGCCCUGUCAUUCUUUUGUAAUUCUCCUAUUCAAUCCGAGAGGAAAUGCUCCCAAUAGCCUAAAAUAUGUCUUUAGUAUAAGUGUAUUCAUCCCAUACUCAACUUUAUAUGAAGGCGAUUAUCCCAUAAUGUAGCCAACAAAAUGCCAUUAACAUCCGCGACCUGUUGCCUAGACGACGUAUCUCUUUGAGGACUUAAGGACUUAUUAAUUUAGUUUAGAGAUAAAAUAAGCAAAACAAACUUGGUUCUAAAACAGUUUGAUAGUUGUCUUUGGUUAUGCUUAUUAUCUGAGCAAGAGUUUACAUCACAAGAUUUAUUUCAUGAUGAUGGACAAGUUAACAGGCAAUAUUAAUAAUACUGCGUAUUGAAAACAAAAACCACGUGGUUCCAUUAUAUGCAUCUUCUCGAUGCCUUUCGAUGUUGAUUGUUGUGCCACGAAUAAAAUGCCACCGAUUAUAUGAUGAGCUCUGUAUGAAACGUUUCCAAAUCCAGUUAAAUUUGAGUUUCCCUACUCUCUGCAACUAACUGGAAGACGGUCACGCUACAUGGCAUUGUAUCACGCAAAUAGAUUGUUUUUCAGAUUUCCUUGGAGCAGCCUCCAGAAUGCACACAUUGCAGCGUCUGCAAAGCACAAAUGUAUCCGCCGAUUGGUCUCAUAGAUUAUAUAUUUAUCUAUAUCUAUAUCUACGCGAACACAAUCUAACAGAAGAUGUCUCUGAAAGCUUCUAGCACAAGUUAAAUUGUAACAUGGUCUUUCUGUAUUUACAUUAAGACGACUGAAUCUUACCCACGAAUGCCUCAAAACAUUCUUAAGUGCUUUAUAUGUUAAUAAUGCUGUGUGUGACCUAGAAAGUGAUAUUGUGAUACAUGAAGUACCAAGCUUUUCUUUUUCACAUCGGCUGUAAAAAAAAAUAUUGGAACUGUAAAAAAAGUGAAUAAAUUCUGAACCACUUUAUAUUUAAUAAUGUGUAUCAUAUUCUGUUUCAUGUUUGUGAACCAAAUAGUUGCUUUCAUAUUUUUGUUAUGAAAUUAUUAGCUUUAUUGUUAUGGACGGAUUUAUUUUCUUAUGGGUAUUCAUAAUGUGUGACUAACAAUGCAUUAGAUCACGUGUGUGUGAUUACAACAACCACGCUGCAUGUAUGUUCAAUAAAACAUGCCCUUUUAACCCUCCUGUUACCUUUGGGGUCAAUUUGA